AUGGUUGGUACGGUCGAUCCGACCUUCCCUCUCUAUCCCAUCAUCAGCAUCCUGUCUGCAACCACGCUCUUCCUUGUGCUUCUGACCAGUUUUGUUCGGCAAAGCUGGAAUCUUGGCGUCGCGUUUCUGUGUUUUUGGCUGUUUUGGGAGAAUCUUACCAAUGGCAUCGAUGCCGUCAUAUGGUCUGACAACGCGGACCUUAGGCUUUACGUCUACUGUGAUCUUGUCUCCCAUAUACAGGUUAUUACCAGUGUCGUGAGACCCAUGGCCACGUUGAUCAUCAUCCGUCGGCUCUACUCCAUCGUAAAUCUUCGCAUUGGGGAAGGCCCCCGUCAAGCAACGAGGCGCAAGGAUCUUGUAAUUGAGUGGACAUUAGGGCUUGCGAUCCCUGCGGUAGUCGCGGGACCUCUCUACUACAUAGUUCAGCCCAUCCGAUUUGCAGUGCACGAAGGCUUUGGAUGCGCGGAUAUCACGGAUAUAUCGAUACUCAGCCUCUUACUUGUGAACACGUGGAACGUGAUACCCCCUUUAGUGUCUUUGGGAUUCUAUUAUCCGGCGGUCUUUCGAGCCUUCUACCUCCAGAACCGAGACGUUAAUCACCACUUGCAGACCAACGGCUCAGUGUCACGCGUCAACUACUUCCGCGUACUCGCUCUUGCAAGUAUUGAUCUCCUUCUCACCUUACCCAUCGGUAUCAUCAACGUUGUCUUCAUCAUAUCGGGCCCGCUGACCGAACUCCACUUUCCUUUCUAUUCCGGCUGGACCCAGGAUCAUGUCAAUUGGGGACCCCAGAGUGCCUCCUACGCAGAGCUGGCGGGCGGUGCAACAUCUCAUCGCGCGCAACUGUACUUCGACCACUGGACUUCUCCUAUACUCGCGCUAGCGAUCUUCGGGCUCUUCGGCGUUACAUCGGAGGCUCGCGCAUCGUACUGGCGCAUCGUCUAUACCAUCGGCGGCUGGGUUGGCUGGAAGCUAAAACCUCGCACGCACGAUGCGCGCGCAUCUCUCGGAGACAUUGAGUUCGGCGCGCGGUCUCCACAGAGCGUGUCCAUCAACUUCGAUGUCGAAACACAGCCGACUUUCAUCGACGGCGACGACCAUAUACAGCAACGAGUUGAGGCUACACGGCGAACUUCAUUCAGCGAAAAAGCGGGCGCGAAGCAGGAUGAGCGACUAUGA